CUUCGAUACUCAGCUGGGCUAUUUUUCACUCUCUGCAGAUAAAACCCUGUGGCUUUCGGUUCCAGAAGCUUCAUUCCUCGAAUCAGGUUAAGACCUCACCGCAAGAAGUAUGGCCAAGCAUCACCCUGAUUUGAUCAUGUGCAGGAAGCAGCCAGGAAUAGCUAUUGGGCGACUUUGUGAGAAAUGUGAUGGAAAAUGUGUGAUUUGUGAUUCCUAUGUGCGUCCUUGCACACUUGUCCGAGUUUGUGAUGAAUGUAACUAUGGAUCAUUUCAGGGCCGUUGUGUCAUCUGCGGAGGUGUGGGCAUUUCUGAUGCAUAUUAUUGCAAAGAAUGUACUCAGCAGGAGAAAGAUAGGGAUGGUUGUCCCAAGAUUGUCAAUCUGGGUAGUGCUAAAACAGAUCUGUUCUAUGAACGGAAAAAAUAUGGUUUCAAGAAGAGAUGAGGAUUUGGAUUCUAUCCUUGUUUCUACGUACUGGUGUAGUUCACUACAAUGAGUUUCUUACUAGUAUGAAGGUUUCAAAAUUAGGCAUUCAAGUAUAGGCCAUGCAACUUUUUCCUAUAUUUGCUUGGAUCUUAGCCAUAUUACAUACUGGUAUCACAAGUUUAACCUAUUGUAACUUUGUAUCGUGUUAUGGAUAUCCAACAAAAUGCCUCUCUCUAUUGGGUGUGAAGGUUGAACUUCAUUUUAUGGUUCCUGAUAGUUUAA